AGAUCCAAACGUGAAAUCUCAUCUGUCUAGCACAUUUCGAUACCUACAGGAGGAAGAUCCGGGAAUGGCAACGGAGAUCGGAGAGAUGUCUCCGCCGGAGACGACGGCGAGUCUGCUCUCACUCGCUUCCGCCUCUCAGCAACCGUACGUCUCCGAGCUCCUCUCCUUCACUCUCGAUCGUCUCCACAAGGAGCCGGAGCUGCUUCGAGUGGACGCGGAGCGGAUUCAGAGGCAAAUGCAAGAGGUUGCGGUUGGGAACUACCGCGCGUUUAUCACCGCUGCUGAUGCUUUGCUCGCGAUCCGCCAGGAAGUUUCCUCCAUUGAUAAGCAUCUCGAGUCUCUGAUUGGCGAAGUCCCGAAACUAACGUCUGGUUGCACAGAAUUUGUCGAUUCUGCGGAGAAUAUUCUGGAGAAGAGGAAGAUGAACCAAGCUUUGCUGGCAAAUCACAGCACUCUUCUUGAUUUGCUUGAGAUUCCUCAGCUUAUGGACACAUGCGUGAGAAACGGAAACUUUGACGAGGCGCUUGACCUGGAAGCAUUUGUAUCCAAACUUGCAACUAUGCAUCCCAAAUUGCCUGUUAUCCAAGCACUUGCAGCGGAGGUUAAACAAACAACGCAGUCACUUCUCUCACAGCUUCUCCAGAAAUUGCGCUCAAAUAUACAGCUGCCAGAAUGUCUCCGGAUUAUUGGAUACUUGCGCCGAAUAGGAGUCUUUGGCGAGUAUGAAAUGCGAUUACAGUUCUUAAGAUGCCGUGAGGCAUGGCUCACUGGAAUUCUUGAGGAUCUAGACCAGAAAAAUGCUUACGAGUAUUUAAAAGGCAUGAUAAACUGUCAUAGAAUGCACCUCUUUGAUGUGGUUAACCAGUAUCGGGCUAUUUUUGCCGAUGAUACAUCGGGUAGCGAAGAAAAUUAUGAUGGUGGACUUCUGUUUAGCUGGGCCAUGCAUCAAAUUACAUCGCACCUGAAAACUCUGAAAAUUAUGCUCCCAAAGAUUACUGAAGGAGGAUCUCUAUCGAAUAUCUUGGAUCAGUGCAUGUACUGUGCUAUGGGGCUUGGUUGGGUUGGGCUAGACUUCCGUGGCUUGCUUCCUCCUCUUUUUGAAGAGGCGGUUCUAAACUUGUUUUCCAAGAACAUGAGCACAGCAGUUGAGAAUUUUCAGUUAGUUUUGGAUUCACAUCGAUGGGUUCCAUUACCAUCUGUUGGCUUCCCAUCAAGUGGUAUUAAUGACGAUAGCAAAGAUGACGUCACACCUCCAUCGUACUUGAUGGAACAUCCGCCUCUUGCAGUUUUCAUAAACGGUGUAUCUGCUGCUUUGAACGAACUACGUCCUUGUGCCCCGCUAAGUCUAAAGAAUGUGAUUGCUCAUGAAUUGAUCAAAGGACUUCAGGCUGUCUCUGACUCCUUACUAAGAUACAACACAACUCGGAUGCUUCGACUUAAUGAAUCCAAUCUCUUCCUCUCACUUUGCCGAGCUUUUGUCGAGGUGGUGUUUCCGCAUUGCGCCACAUGCUUUGGCAGGUGUUAUCCAGGUGGUGCUAGUAUAGUUAUGGAUGCCAAGAGUGCAUACGACGGUCUAACUCGCAUCUUAGCCGCUUCGUCGUCUCCAGAACCGUCCAGCAAACUAGCAAAGACCAUCAGCAUCGACGCAACCAGUGCAUCGGAGAACGGUGUAACCUCCCAAGUGGAAGAAAAACAAGUGGAGAGUUCGAACGAGAAAGAAGACGACAGUCCCAUUCCCUUGCAGAUUCCUGAGACAACUCAACACGAGUCUUGAGAAUUUUCUUAAUACGAAGGAAUUAAAAAAAAAAGAGUGAAAAUUAAUACAUCAAUACCUUAUCUAUAGUAUAAAUUUCUUUGCACUAUGUUUUGACUUUUGAGACUUGGAUUCAAAUUUCAUUUGAUGUUUUCUGAUGUAAAAUCAAUUAAUAUAACUUUUGUCUCGUUCUUCAGAUGUCAUAUACAUUUUUGAA